GCGCUCGAGCUUUGGAGACAGCUGCGGGAGUCCGGCACAGCUUUUUGACGCACGCACGCACGCACGCACUAUGGACUACUGUUGAGCUCUAAGGGGAGAAACAGUGCGCGCACAGUACGGCUGCUGCUGCUCGUGCCUAAAACCUUGAUUAUAUAGUUUUAGUUUUAGUUUUGUUUUUUGUUUUGCAGUCGUCGUCGACGGUUAUUUUAGUACAAAAGUAACACCUGACUGAAUUUUAUUGUUUUAUUAUUGCGUCGAAAAAAAAAAAAACCCAAAACAAAACACAAGUUCGUCAUCAUGAAGUUACUCCUUUUGCCAGUUUUAAUGGCUUUUUUCGCCGUCGCUCAAGUUUUUUGCGAGGAAAACGAGCCAAAAGAAGAGGCUGACUACUGGACGAGCACUAAUCAAAUUCAGGACGGCUGGCUUCCCAACGACCCAUUCAGAGAAAUCCUCCUGAGGAUGACAAGAAAGCCGCGGCCGCAUCAGUUCAUCGGCCUGAUGGGGAAGCGCUCUAUGGCAAAUGCACAGAUCACCCGCAAAAGGCAUAAAGUCAACUCUUUUGUUGGACUGAUGGGGAAAAGAAGCCAAGAGGAGCCAGAGUCCUACGAGUGGAGCACAAUACAGACGUAUGACAAGCGCCGCUAAGCGUCACCUCUUCACCUGCCUGCUUCUCAUCUUAGCCAUCCCUCAUCCACAGGAGGGACACCAGACAGUUUCUCCAAACUAUGUAUAGCUGUUAGUCCAAUAAAAUGAUUCUGUUUCCACAUUGUAGUGGUGUAGCAGUGCUGUACCUGUGCCAUGUACCUGUUUCAUU